UGCUGCCACCUCAACAUGGAGUAGCGAGACCCCCAGCGCUUACUGCUCACAAGCGGAUCCCACGGAGAGGAAUACGCGACGGCCUCUGUCGAUUCAUCCGCGGAGGUCCCGGCGAACGAGACAGCGGCGAUAUUUCUUUCGUAAACGCGCAUGAAAGCUCGGCUUUUAUUUGAAAGAUGGCGAACGACUCUCCAGCUAAAAGUCUCGUAGACAUAGACUUGGCUUCGUUGCGGGAUCCAGCUGGGAUAUUUGAAUUGGUGGAGGUAGUUGGAAAUGGCACCUAUGGACAAGUAUACAAGGGACGACACGUCAAGACUGGACAGCUGGCUGCCAUCAAAGUCAUGGACGUCACAGAGGAUGAAGAGGAGGAAAUUAAACUGGAGAUCAAUAUGCUGAAGAAGUAUUCCCACCACAGAAACAUCGCCACCUACUACGGUGCUUUCAUUAAAAAGAGCCCCCCGGGACACGAUGACCAGCUAUGGCUGGUGAUGGAGUUCUGUGGAGCUGGUUCCAUCACAGACCUGGUGAAGAACACCAAGGGGAACCAGCUGAAAGAAGACUGGAUCGGCUACAUCUCCAGAGAGAUCCUCAGGGGUCUGGCCCACCUUCACGCCCACCACGUUAUCCACCGCGACAUCAAGGGCCAGAACGUCCUGUUGACGGAGAAUGCCGAAGUCAAACUCGUGGACUUUGGCGUGAGUGCUCAGCUCGACCGGACCGUGGGGAGGAGGAACACCUUUAUCGGGACCCCUUACUGGAUGGCCCCUGAGGUCAUUGCUUGUGACGAGAACCCAGACGCUACAUAUGAUUACAGAAGUGAUCUGUGGUCCUGUGGAAUCACAGCAAUUGAAAUGGCUGAAGGAGCACCACCUCUUUGUGACAUGCACCCAAUGCGUGCGCUCUUCCUCAUUCCAAGAAACCCUCCGCCCAAACUCAAGUCCAAAAAAUGGUCCAAAAAGUUCUUCAGUUUCAUCGAGGGCUGCCUGGUGAAGAACUACACCCAGCGCCCCCCGACAGACCAGCUGCUUAAGCACCCCUUUAUCCGGGACCAGCCCAACGAGAGGCAGGUCCGCAUCCAGCUCAAAGACCACAUCGACCGCACCAAGAAGAAGAGGGGAGAGAAAGAUGAGACGGAGUACGAGUACAGUGGCAGUGAGGAGGAGGAAGAGGAUCCUCCAGAGCAGGAGGGAGAACCCAGCUCCAUCGUCAAUGUGCCAGGCGAGUCCACGCUGCGGCGCGACUUCAUCCGCCUGCAGCAGGAGAACAAAGAGCGAUCGGAGGCUCUCCGACGCCACCAGCACCUCCAGGAGCAGCAGCUCCGGGAGCAGGAGGAGUACAAGCGCCAACUACUGGCCGAGAGGCAGAAACGCAUCGAGCAACAGAAGGAGCAGAGGAGGCGGCUGGAGGAGCAACAGCGCCGCGAACGGGAGAUGCGGAGGCAGCAGGAGCGCGAGCAGCGUCGGCGCGAGCAGGAGGAAAAGAGGCGCGUUGAAGAAAUGGAUCGCAGACGUAAAGAAGAGGAGGAACGCCGGCGGGCUGACGACGAGAAGAAGAGGAACGAUCGCGAACAGGAUUAUAUCAGACGUCAGCUGGAGGAGGAGCAGAGACACCUGGAGAUGCUGCAGGAGCAGCUGCUCCGUGAACAGGCCAUGCUGCUGGCCGACGAGCGGUACCGUAAGAACAUUCAGGGCUCCCCUCAGAUUGCCCCUCCCUCCAAGCAGCCCCCCCUGCCCCCCCGCUCCUCUGAACCCUUCUCCAACGACGGCUCCUCCUCCGAGGCCUCCGCCAUGCACCGGCCCAUGGAGCCUCAGGUCCAGUGGUCCCACCUGGCUGCUCUAAAAAGCAGCAACAGUGCCACCCCCUCUCCUCCUCCUCCUCCUCCUCUUCCUCCUCCUCCUCCUCUGCCCGUGGUCUCUCGCUCCCAGUCCUUCAGCGAGCCCGGCGGCGUGACCUCUAACUUUGCACAACUCCACCUGCGUUCCCAGGACCCCCACCAUCACCACCCAUCGCCCGCACGCACUGAUCCCCAACCUCCCCUCCACCACCCUCAGGCCCACAAUAGGGCCAGCGGCGAGGAGGCACCUCCCAAGGUCCCAGUGAGGACAACCUCCAGGUCUCCGGUACUGUCGCGCCGAGAGUCCCCUCUGCCGUCACAGCCCGGCAACCAGGCUGUACAGAGGAGCGCCGCAGGUAAUGCGGAGCAGCGGCCGCUGUGGGACCGAGUGGAGAAGCUGCAGCCUCGGCCAGGCAGCGGCAGCUCCUCCGGCUCCUCCAACUCCAGCUCCCAGGCCAGCCCUGGUGACCGCUUCCGACCACGCUGUGAGUCCCCCGCUUCCUCCAAAUCUGAAGGAUCGCCACUCCAGCGGCCUGAAAAUGUUCCCAAAAAGCCAGAUGAAAAGAACCUCGCUCGGCCAACUCGACCAGCUGGUGACGCGGAUCUGACCGCUCUGGCCAAGGAGCUUCGUGCGGUAGACGACGUGAGGCCUCCCCACAAGGUCACCGACUAUUCCUCCUCAAGCGAGGAUUCGGGCAGCACCGACGAGGAAGACGACGAGGAGGUGGACCAGGAGGCGGGUGAGGAGUCCACCUCGGGACCUGAGGACUCCAGGGCUGGAUUUUCCCAUGGCUUCCGCAGGAGGCUGAGCAACGGGGAGACGGAGUCGGCUAAGACCAUGCUGAUGGAAGACUCUGAGGGCGACAUGACGACCUCCAAGGAUGGCACGCUGGUCAUCAGACAGAGCACCGCUGACAUAAAGCAGUUGGUCAAUCUCUCCUCUCCCUCGGCCGGCUUUGUUCACGUCCACGGCCAGCCCCAAACCCCGAGCCAGGGUCUCGCCGAGAAAAACGGCUUUGCCGGCCGCAUACACCACCUACCAGACCUUAUCCAGCAGAGCCAUCAUUCGCCUUCCUCUUCCACAACCAUCCCUUCCUCCUCCUCCUCCUCCUCCUCCUCCUCCUUCCCCUCAUCAUCUAGCUAUGCCAGUCCUGCCAUGUCCCCACAGAACCCCCUGGACGAGCUCUCUGCCAUAGAGUCCCAGUCUGAAAGCAACUCCAUGUCCAAACACAAGUCCUCCUCCUCCUUCACUCCCUUCAUCGACCCUCGUCUUCUCCAGAUCUCUCCAUCCAGCGGCAGCGCCCUCAACAACAUGGCAGCAGUUGGGCCAGACGGACAGCUCGCAGACCCGCUGAAAUCCGACCCGUCCCGUAAAGGCUCCGUGGUCAACGUCAACCCGGUCAACACGCGCCCGCCCAGCGACACGCCAGAGAUUCGCAAGUACAAGAAGAGGUUCAACUCUGAGAUCCUGUGUGCCGCGCUCUGGGGAGUCAACCUGCUGGUGGGAACAGAGAGCGGCCUGAUGCUGCUGGACCGGAGCGGUCAGGGGAAGGUCUACCCUCUGAUCAACCGGAGGCGCGUCCAGCAGAUGGACGUCCUGGAGGGACUCAACGUCCUGGUCACCAUAUCGGGCAAAAAGAACAAGCUGCGGGUGUACUACCUGUCGUGGCUGAGAAACAAGAUUUUGCACAACGACCCUGAGGUGGAGAAGAAGCAGGGUUGGGUCAAUGUGGGCGAACUGGAGGGCUGCGUCCACUACAAAGUCGUGAAAUAUGAGAGGAUUAAGUUCCUGGUGCUGGCCUUGAAGAAUGCCGUGGAGAUCUACGCCUGGGCCCCCAAACCCUACCACAAGUUCAUGGCCUUUAAGUCUUUCGGUGAUCUGGUGCACAAGCCUCUGCAGGUUGACUUGACGGUGGAGGAAGGUCAGAGGUUAAAGAUCAUCUACGGCUCCUGCUCAGGCUUCCAUGCCGUGGAUGUGGACUCCGGCGCCGUCUAUGACAUCUACCUGCCCACACACAUCCAGAGCAGCAUUCAGUGCCACGCCAUCAUCAUCUUGCCCAACACCGACGGCAUCGAGCUGCUGGUGUGUUACGAGGACGAGGGCGUCUACGUCAACACCUACGGGCGCAUCACCAAGGACGUGGUGCUGCAGUGGGGGGAAAUGCCGACUUCAGUGGCCUACAUUAGGUCAAACCAGAUCAUGGGCUGGGGCGAGAAGGCCAUCGAGAUCCGCUCCGUGGAGACGGGCCACCUGGACGGGGUCUUCAUGCACAAGAGGGCCCAGAGACUCAAGUUCCUCUGUGAGAGGAACGACAAGGUCUUCUUCGCCUCCGUGCGCGCUGGAGGUGCCAGCCAGGUGUACUUCAUGACCCUGGGACGCACCUCCCUCAUGAGCUGGUAGUCGACGUCCCCGCCGCGCCGGCCGACACGACGACCACACCGGAGCAGUGACCAACAGAUGACGAUUGUGACUACGACCGACGAAGAAGAUGAAGCCUCGGGCGUCUUGAUGGAGGGAACGGCUUCCUCUCAGCCGCGCGGGCGAGAAAAAACCCCACAAAAAAAACCAACGGAUUGGACUGUAAUCACGAUAAGAAGAUGGGGACCGGCGAGGAGGUGCGUUCUGUUCGUGUCCACUGAGUGUACUAGUAAACUAUAUUACGACAACAGAAAUCCCCCCCCCCCCUUCUCUCCCUCACCCAACCUUUGAGCCGAUCUCCUCCUCUUCCUCUGCGGGACGCGGGAUCUGUUGCCAGCUGAUGGUAAACCUUUAUGUGUCAUAGUAAAACUUUGCAUCGUGUACGUGUGUGAGCGGAGGAAUCACUGAGCAUGUGAAUCACUGAAGGGACGAUUAGAGGCUAAAUGCGGCAGUCACUGUAUCAAAGAAGGCGAAUACUUUAUGUGCCACACCUCGAGUGUCGCCGUUUGUAGCUGUAGUUUAGUCCCGUUCAGGUGAAAUUUAACUCCCUCUUCCCACCACGGUAGAUUUCCACGUCAAGCAUGCCAUUUAACACGAGUUCACCGCCACAUAGAUAACAACGCUUGACAUGUAAAUCUGCCUCUGUAUCUUCACUUUUUUUGCCUUCUCUUCCUGAAAGUGAAGAUUUUUUUUAAGGGACCUUCUUGAUAUGAUAUAUCCAUUAAAUACAGGGUACUGGAUAUCAGCAUGUACAUACAAACUACAUCUACCUUGUAGGCUUCAGACUCUGGCAGGUUUUACAGACACUAUCUCGACUUUUACCACAUUGCCUCACAUAUUGUAGGUCAUGUCGGACAGAAGCAGCCCCGUUUAUGACGGCAUUUUUGCUUUGGUGUCAUCAACAAACUUUCUGCCCCAGUUUUUACAUACACUGUAUGUGACUUGCAGCACAUAAAUAAAGCAUACGGAUUUUAGGACACAACCAUCCAUACGUUUUAAGGGAAGAAUUAACCCCAUUUGUCAUCAAGUUUUUAUUUUUUUAUUUCUACGGCUUUCCCAAUUGUGAUUUGCUCCUCUGCUCUACCAUCUGUGUCUGUUGCUCAUUUUCACAUCUACUGGAAAUAUGAAAACUAUCAACCAAAACAACGAAUGGACCCAGAAAUGUGAGAUGCACUAGCAGGUGGAUGUUCCCUUUUUUUUUACAUCGGUCAUAAGUAGGGCGAAAGGAUAAACUGUGAAUUAGACAAGCAGAAUUAUCAGGGGGGGGGGGGGCAUUAAGGUAGCAUUGAGGCCAGUGGGCAGGAGGCACAGCAAGGGAAUGAAGGCAGUGUGCACAGAUCCAGAGGGCCGAGAAGAAGCUUUGAACAUCACACUCGCGAAGAACGGGGAGGAAAUCCAGAUCAGCUGAUUGUCCUCUGUCUGCACCACGUUUGAAUUUCACUUGUACAAUCAUCCAACUGUAUUUUGAAGGAGACUUUAGCUUAAGUUGUAGCUAAACCAUUGCCUUAGAAGGGUCUCCAGCUGAUUUUAAAACGGCUCAAAAUCCUCUGUGGGUUUUGACGAGUUAAAGGUGAAGUUUUGAAUUGAUGUACUGUAGGAACACUUGAGUCUGAAUCAGCCAUGUGACUCAAUAUCGGACCUCUUUUUAUUAUUAUUUUGGGCUUCAGACAGGCGAUUAGCUUGUUUUCUUCGUCCAGUCUCCAGUGAAAAGACAAAAUACUUUGAACUGGAUAAUUUUUUCCAUCCCAGAAUGGAAAUCGACUUAAUUUGACCAUUCUUCCUCUCAUCCUCUUUUAACCCGGACGACAAGGAAAGACUUUGUCACUUCAUGUUAGACCGCCUCAUAACCACUGUUAAAAUAUCGAGUCCAUCCUGCAGCUGUGUUUGUGUGAAUGAGAAAACUAUAUUACCCCCCCCCCCCCCCCAACCGCCUAAACUUCAACUCUCUGACCCGGCUCUCAGUCAAACUGUCCACGGUGGGACCCGCUGAGAGCUGCAGGACAUGGGGAUGAGAUGCAUUCACUGUCCUGGUCAUCUGUGAAAGGCAAAGAAAGUCACGUUCUAAUAGCAGUGUUACAAAACCACUUUGGACGGCGUGAACUAAGAGGCAUAUUUUUAACUCUGACUUAGUUUUGUUUCUGCAAUUUUUAUUAUGUAAUCCUUCAGAUAAGUAUGCGACUGCAGCGGUUUCUAAAUUGUACACCUUGUGUUGAAAAUGUUUACAGAAGCAAUUGUUUUGUUAAACCAAUGUGCAUCGAUAUGAAUAUUUAUGGUUUAUUUUGAGGGCAGUUUUUCCCUGUUUUUUUGUAUUUUGUAUUAUUCCCUUUUUGUAUUAUCAUUUAGACGUUUGUGUACAGGAAUAAUCCACUUUAGCUCGCGUUACGAACUCCACAGGUCUAGCGUGCGAAUUUCACUGAUUCCUCUACAUCCUGCAUCGUGUGCACAGCGGGCCCCUGGCUGUGUGGCAGCGUGGAUUAAAUGUUUUCUACCACCCAGGUGCCAGGUGACAUGUUCCCCCCUCAAGCGUCUCUCUCUCUGCCAUGCCUCUCUAAUUUAUGUCCUCUCUGUGUACUAUGGGAAUUACUGUAUUUUCCUGAAGGUCUUUUUUUCUUCCAUUGAAUAAAAUCAAAAGUAAUUUACA